CACUAACAUAAAGCAAUGUUUUUGAUUGCCAACGCAUGCAUUUACUACAGAUGUGUUGGAAUAUGAAACAUGGUAUUCACCUGGAGGACCUAAUAACGAACAAUCGCUACCGGAUGGCACAUAUGUACUGCAGGAAGAGCAGCAAAAAAUCGAAAUCACAUUGAAAUCACAUUGUAUGCCAAACGAGACGGUUGAUGGGAUUGCCAUUAGCUCAUAGUCACCCGGAUGAAUAGACGAUAACAUUGCUAUAGCGAACACAAUAUGCUAAGCGAUUCGUGUUGUAGUUGAACGUGACGUCAAAAUGGCUGAUGAGGAAGCAUGCGGACUCGGUCAAUGGAGACCAAAAUCACUUCAGAAACUGAACACGUUGAAAUAUUUCACCGGAUUACUCUGCUUACUGACAUUCCUCAAUGGGACAGAAAUGAGCUACAGGGUAUCGACGUUAACGACUUUGGAGAAGCGUUUUGGCUACCAAACCUCUGCAUUUGGAUUCAUAUUGGCUGCCAGCGAUAUGUCGUAUGUCCCCGCAUUGAUUAUUCUCAGCUAUUUCGCCAACCGAUUCAGCAUUCCGAAAGUGAUAAGCAUAGCAGCAAUACUGCUUUGUAUCGCCUCUUUCCUUUGGCAGCUACCCCACUAUAUAUUCAAAAAUGGUCACACAACGAACUUGGACAUCAUAUUAGAAAAUAAAACAAUGAUCCGUCAAAGAUCAUCCGGUUUGUGUAAUACUGCCUUAUCUAGUAAUGGUUACCAUAACAUCGACGACACUUCCGUAGCUGAAGCUUGUAAUGUGGCGCAUGGUACAAAAUCAAAUGAUGAAUAUACAGCAGUCACAUCGAUUUUUGUCAUAUCUCAAUUGAUAAUGGGUGUGUGUUUGGUACCCGGAGUGACGUUGGGUAUAUCCUUCAUUGACAGUACAUUGAAACAGCAAGGGACCUCCACAUAUAUAGGAAUGAUAUGGGGAAGUUAUUACCUUGGGUUUGUAGCAGGUUACCUAGAAGGAGCUAUAUUCACGAGUAUUUAUAUAGAUCUGUCAGAUACAAAAUUGAGCCCUGAUGACCCUCAUUGGAGAGGUGCGUGGUGGAUUGGGUCAAUUAUAACCAUGAUACUGGCCCUCCUUAUAAUAAUGCCUCUAAUGCUAUUUCCAAAGUCCAUUCCACAUCCCACAGCCGAAGCCGAAGCUCCUGAAGAUGAAAAUGAGGAGCUCGAGAAAGUGACGGCAAAUAAUAAUGAGGAUGCUUCAAAAGCAAACAAUUCUGACUAUGAAUAUUCAAUUAAAGAAUUUCCAAAAGUACUUUCCAGUCUCUUGACUAAUCCAGUCUACAUGGGAAUAGUCGUAGGGGGUGUUUUUGUAUGCUACAUAAUGCUACCAUGGCCAUAUUUCUUACCAAAAUACAUAGAAACGCAAUUUUACCAAACAGCAUCGACAGCAAAUAUCAUAACAGCUGUAAUCAACGGCGUCGCGUCAUGCUCGGGGCUGUUCAUAGGUGGCGCCAUUCAGGCAAAAUUGAAUCUGUCCAUGCAAGGUAUUAUUCGAGUACUAAUGGUGGCAACGGUGAUGUGUGGGGGAGCAAUGGGCCUACUGAUUGCAUUUGAUUGUGAGGACCAAUUCAUCGAUGCUCAUGUUGAUAACAGUGGACGGUUGAACAUGACAAACCAAUGCAACGCAGGCUGUGGGUGUUCUCUUGAUGAUUUUACGCCUGUAUGUAGCGUGGAGAAAAUGUACUUUUCUCCAUGUCACGCUGGAUGCUCGAAUGCUCCAUUUGAAGAGGGUGGAUAUACGAUCUAUGAAAACUGUUCGUGUGCCCUCGAUUAUGAUCAUGUAUUCUUUGCCGGGAUGUGCCCCAAAGACUGUAUGCCUGUUAUGGUGCCUUAUAUAUUUGUUGCAUUCGUCAUACUCUUCACUACAUAUUGUACUCAAGUUCUUCCGAUGUCAGUCAUUUUACAGUGUGUUAAAGAGGAAGAACGGUCUCUUGCUCUUGGGAUACAUCUUGCAGUAUUUUCACUAUUUGCAUUUGUCCCUGGUCCACCAAUCGUCGGUAAGAUCAUCGACAUGACGUGUAUUAUUUGGGAGGGUGGCUGUGACGAUGGCCGAUGCCUCUUCUACGACAGGCCUAAAUAUAGGUACUUCUACCAUGGAGUUGUCGCUGCCUUACAGCUCGGAGCACUUCUAGCAUUCUUCUUAUCGUACUCCAAGUCGAAACAUUUCCAUAUUGAUAACAAUAAUCCCAAAAUUAGGGAUAAUGAGAUUGAAGGAGAAGAUGAUGAACUUGUAAGAAAACGUGGUGAAGCUGAAAACACACCAGAUGGUGAUAUUGAAGAAGCAAUUGAAAUGUUACCUCGGAAUAGAAAUACUGACCAAGAAAACGAACAAAUUGACGAUAUUAAAAGUGUUGAAAAUGAGAACUACAAAGGAAUAAGUUGUUAACCUGAACUCAAUAAGUUAUUGACUUGAACUCAAUAACUAGAUAUAGUAGUUGUUAACUUGAAGUAUUUUUUGUCAUUUAUACAUUAACGAUAGAGACAAAACAUACAUGGAAGUUUUUUGUUAUCACAUUAACAAUUUUAUCACUAAUCAAAGAACUAUUUAAAAAUCGGAAUAAGCAUGUGCUCGAGUUCGUUAACAUUUGAAGGGCUGAAUCGGAAUAUUACUUUUUCUUAUUCAUCAUCAUUAAACUUAUAU